AUGGGUAUAAACUCUUCUCAAACACUCCGUCGUAAAAAUCUGACUGCACAGGAUAUUAUUCAUGAGUGUAACGAACAAAGUAAAGUCAAACAAUCGUACAUUCUUGUCACUGGAGCUACAUCAGGUAUUGGUAUCGAAACUGGUCGAACAUUAGCGUUAGCAGGAGCAAAAGUUUAUCUGAUGGGCAGAAGUGAAACGAAGCUUCAAGAAGUGAUCACAAAUAUCAAUAAAGAGUUACAACAAAGCACGACCGGUGGAUCUGUUCAAGGUGUGCUCUGUGAUUUGAAUAGUUUAGCAAGUAUUAAAACAUUUGCUCAAAAGUUUAUUCAAGACAAUAUGCCGUUAAAUAUUCUAAUACUCAAUGCUGGUAUAUUCAAUUAUAAGUUUGCUCAAACUAUCGAUGGGCUCGAACAAGUUAUGGGGGUGAAUCAUAUAGGUCACGCUUAUCUAACGAAAUUACUAAUGCCGGUAUUGAUUGCUAAUAAUCCGUCAAGAAUUGUUGUAGUUUCGUCUGAAUUACAAUGGGGUCCACCGUUGAAUUACCAAGCAUUAGAGCAAAUGAGUAGUGCAUCGACUAAUCGCAGUAAAUCCUGGGGUAUGCUCAGAAGUUAUCAACAAAGUAAACUAGCAAAUGUAUUAUUUGCUCGUGCACUUGCUGCACGAUAUAAAGACAAACAAAUUACUGCUUAUUCACUCCAUCCGGGAGUGAUUGAUACGAAUUUAACAUCACAGCUACCAUUGCAAGGCGUUCUAAAAAAAUUUAUCCCCAAGAAAACACCUGAACAAGGCGCAGCUACUUCAGUAUUUUGUGCAAUCAAGCCCGGCCUGGAAACUGAAAAUGGACGAUUUUUUCAAGAUUCGACUGUGACUGACCUCGGUGAUAAGUGGACCGAGGAUGAUCUCGAUACAUUCUGGAAGUGGACAGAAAAGAUCAUCGACGAACGAACAGCCAAUUUAUCAUGA